AUGGACAAUAUCAGUAUACCUAGUUCUGGUUGUGAACCUCCCAAUUCUUCUGCUCAAGGAGCAACAGCAGUGGAAGCCCAAACUGUUGACACAAUUACUCAACAGACUAUGCUCCCUACUGCUGCAGUUCCUGCAAGGAAAAGGAAAGUGGUUGAAUCCAGAUCAAGAGUUUGGGAUCAUUUUCAAAAGAUUACUGAUAGUAAUAAUGUUACUAUAGAAGCAAAGUGUAUCUACUGUGCAAAAUUGUAUCAAUGUCAAUCAAAAAAACAUGGUACUACAUCUUUAAGGAACCACAUGGUUAGCUGUAUGAAAAACCCUCACUCUAAAGAUACUAGGCAGUCCCUUCUGACAUUUCAAGCUGUUGCUACUAGUGAUGCAUCUGAACCAACUGUGGGAGAGUUGGGGACUUGGGUAUUUAAUCAGGAAACCAUUAGGAGAGCCUUGGUAGAAAUGAUUAUCAUAGAUGAACUUCCCUUUAUAUUUGUUGAGGGGCAAGGGUUUAGGAGAUUCAUUGCAGUGGCUUGUCCUAGGUUUAAAAUUCCAUCUAGGUGGACAAUCAGUAGGGAUAUCAAUGUUAUUUAUGAAGAAGAAAAAUUGAACUUGAAGUGCUUGUUUAGGGGAAACACUCAAAGAGUCAGUAUUACAACUGACUCUUGGACAUCUAUUCAGAGGAUAAACUACAUGGUUGUAACUGCACAUUUCAUAGAUGAGGAGUGGAAGCUACAUAAAAAAAUUAUCUCUUUUGUCCUUGUUACAUCACAUAAGGGUGAGUAUAUUGCAAAAGCACUUGAAAGUUGUUUGAUAGAGUGGGGGCUUAGGAAUGUGUUUACUGUGACAGUAGAUAAUGCUUCAUCAAAUGAUGUUGCACUUGGUUUUUUAAAAAGGAAAGUGUUGUCUUGGGGAUCAUCUAGUGUGAAGAGUAAGUAUCUUCACAUGAGAUGCAUUGCUCAUAUUCUGAACUUUGUGGUACAAGAUGGUUUAAAACAAUGUGAUAUUGUUGUUAAGAGGGUUAGAGAGGUUGUUAGAUAUGUCAGAAGUUCUCCUUCAAGGUUGAAGAAGUUUAGGGAUUUGGCAGAGUAUAGUGGAAUUGAGCAAAAAACAUCCUUGUGUCUUGAUGUGCCAACAAGGUGGAAUUCCACAUAUUUGAUGUUACAGUCUGCUUUGAUCUACCAGAAAGUAUUUGAUGACUAUGAAUACAGUGAUAACUCUUUCAAAUCUUAUAUGGGUGAUUCUAUUCCUACUUCUCUGGAUUGGGAGUCUGUGAACAACUUGGUUAAGCUGUUGAAAUGUUUCUAUGAGAUGACUAUCAGAAUUUCAGGGUCCCCAUAUGUGACAGCUAACACAUUUUUCUCUGAAAUAUCUUAUCUGUAUUGUAUCUUGAAUGAAAUGGUGGAAGCUGAUGGGGCUGUGAAACUAAUGGGGGCUAACAUGAAAGCAAAAUUUGAAAAAUAUUGGGGUGAUAUUGACAAAAUGAAUUAUAUGAUUUUCUUUGCAAACAUUUUAGACCCCAAGGACAACUCAUCUGUUGUCCCAGCUACUGGUUCUGGUUCUGUAGCAUCUGUUAAUCCUGUUGUUGAGUUUGUUUCUGCCCCUGUUGGGAGGCCACAACAUCUAUUGAAGGCCCAAAUUAAGAAACAAAGAAUGGAAACUGGUGAGAGGAAAAAAACUGAGUUGGAAUAUUAUUUGAGUGAUGCAAUAACUGAAGAUGAAGGUUCAUUUGAUAUACUGAGAUGGUGGAAGGUCAAUUCUGCAAGGUUUCCUAUCCUUUCUAAGAUUUCUAGGGAUAUCUUAGCUAUUCCUAUCUCAACUGUUGCCUCAGAAUCUGCCUUUAGUACAUCUGGGAGGGUUUUAGAUCCUUUUAGGAGUUCUUUAACUCCUAAAAUUGUGGAAGCCUUGGUAUGUACCCAGGAUUGGCUUAGGCUGCCAAAUACCCCCAUUUCAAUUGAAGAAAAUAUAGAAGAAUUAGAAAGAUUUGAGAAAGAAUUUAGUGUUGAUGGUGGAAGUGCGUCUGGUGGGAGGACUUGUGGAACUACACUUCCAAGUAUUCAUGCAAUGAAACUUGGUGACUUUAAGUUGCUUCCCUUGAUGAAUUUGAAGCAAUUUGCCCUUAAUCCAUACAUUGAUAUGGACAAAUAUGCUUACUGA